AAAAGAUAAAAAAAAUACAACGUGUGAUUGCUGUGCUCUCUCUCUUUCAUCAUCACAAAAACUUCGUCAACAUUAUACUAAAAUUGGUGAAAGCAGUCACUCAGAGUCCAUUCCAUCACCAGAGGUUGAAAGAGAAUAUUUUGAAGCAUUAGGAAUAUUAGAACCUAUUCCGCAAUUUCAUCAAAUGGAUAUUAUUAGUUCAGAAU